UUUAUUCUUGUUGGGCCUGAUGCGUGAAAGCUAGUAACUCAAACUCAAAGUAUUCUUUGCGGCUUUCAUUAUGGAGAACGAAGAUCAAGACGUAGUUUCUAUGGUUGAUGUAUUGCAGCAAGAUAAUGAACUUGAAGAAGAAGCUGCAGCAGUUCUUGGCGAUAGUGAUGAUAAAUGUUGCACAUACCCGAUGGGUUAUGUGAGCAGGCAAGCACUCUAUGCUUGCUUGACAUGCAGAGGCAAUCAAGAUUUCCUGGCUGGCAUCUGUUUAGCUUGCAGCUAUGAAUGCCAUGAAGGUCAUGAAUUUGUGGAGUUAUACACAAAGAGGAACUUCCGUUGUGACUGUGGGAAUUCAAAGUUUCCCAACUUGACGUGCAAGCUUUUCAAAAUUAAACAGCCAGUGAAUGCAGAAAACCAAUACAAUCACAAUUUCAUUGGUGCCUAUUGCACGUGCAAGAGACCCUACCCUGAUCCUGAUGAUUCAAUUGAGGAUGAGAUGAUCCAGUGUGUGGUUUGUGAAGAUUGGCUUCAUGGGAGGCAUCUUGGCUGUGCCAGUGUACCAGACAGUGAUGGCUACCAAGAAAUGGUGUGUGAGGCAUGCAUGGACAGAUGUAACUUUCUCUGGAACUAUAAUCUCCACAGUGUAGAAACAAAAGUUGUCAAAGAUGAAACCUCUUCUAACAUUGAUGUGACCACUAUGGAAGAGAAGGAACCUAGUUUGAUUGAAGCGACAGGUGGUCCAUCUGUUAAUAACCAUUCAGUGGAAACCAAGGAGGUAGCCUCAACAUCUUGUGAUAGUGUGACCAUGAACAAUGAAGCACAGACGGAAGGAACCGAUCCCCAGAUAUCAAUAGAUGCAGAGACAUCUGGUGUAGCUUCUUCUAACAACGUGUCAUCAGGAGUGGAAAGGAAAGGGGAUUUGUCAAGCAUUUCGUCCAUUACAGCAGUUCCUGGAUCAGAUGGUGUAUCAUCUUCGACAGACUCCAUGAAGACUCCUGAACAGGAUUCUGGUGCAGGAGAUGCUACAAGGACUGAUACCUGCCUGGAAAGCAGUAUAGCAAGCAGUGGUAAUGAUAGUGAUGCCGUUAAAGUGGAAUCAUCAGCUUCAACACCUACAACUCUGCCAUCAGCUGCAAAGGAUGAAGUCUCAACAUCCGAGACUGCUUCAUCAUCUUCAAAUUGUACAACGUUGCUGACUCCUAGUGAAAGAGAAGUUCAUACGGAAGAAAAUGUUGAGGUUUCCAAACAAGAUACUGCAGAGGAAGACAAGAACUUGAAAACUGAUGAUUGCAGACUUAAGCAACUUAGAAACAGAACAAUUGAAAGAAAUAAAGGUGCUGUUUUCUGGCCAAUGGGGUGGAGAACCAAGCUUUGUUCCUGUCCAGAAUGCAAGGCAAUGUAUGAGAGACUGAACGUGAGUUUCUUGCAAGACCCAACUGAUUCUGUAGCGGCAUAUGAAGAGAGGGGGAAAGGCAAACAUAAAAGGUCCCAAUACGAUCAAGGGAUGGAAGCACUUUCUAACAUGGACCGUGUCCAGCAAGGCGAGAUGAUGCAUGGCUACCGUGAUAUGAAGUCAGCCCUUAGUGAUUUUCUACGUAGCUUUGCUGAACAAGGAAAGGUGGUGACAGCCAGUGAUAUCCAGGAGUUCUAUGAAAGUCUGAACAGAAAAAGACAGAGAGUAGGAUCAGCAACGAGCAUGCAGUACAUGUGUCGCUGAAUGAAAUAAUCAUGGCGAGAAGACUGACCAAUGGGAUGAAUCAUAGUAAGAGGAAAUUCUGAGGUGAAAGGUCAGGAAUCUGUCAUGUAGCAGGUUUUGAUAUUCCAUGUUGAAAUAAAUACUUAGCCAGAAUGUGCUUUCAUGGUGAUUGUUCUACAUCUACAACUGAUUUAUGGUCUGUAAUUAUUACUUAUAAAAGGUAGUUCAGCUGUCAACUCAAAAGGCCACAUUUUUCAUGAAACAGAGGAGGCAGUUGCCUGACCAGUGCACACAGUUUUAUUAGUAAUAACUGGAUAAUGCCAUUUGUCUACACUCUACAUACCAACUUAUCCUACAAAAAAUGAACUAUGCUCCUUUUUAAAAAAAAUUCUGAAAAAUGUAUUGUGAGUUCAAUUGUUCUCAAAAUAAUCUUAGUGAUAGUUCUGUGCACAGUAAGCUAAUUGCAAGAAAUCACAUUAAUGAUUUUGAUAGAAAGGCUUCAAAAUUGUUAUUAAUAGUUCCACCAUCAGCAUCACUGACACAGAUUAGCACACAUGGGUAUGUGUAUUAUGACACAAGUUGAAGUAUACAUAAAAGAAUUGUUAACCUCACAAAAUGCCAUAAUAAAUUUUGCUAAUUUCUCAGUAAUUAUUACUUCCUUAUGGAAUCAUUGAGGUAACCCUGCUUAAGUCAAAGUGCGACUUAUAGACCACAGGUUAUUAUACUUUGAAUUUCUAUUUUCAUGACUCAACUCUUGUAUCUACCUUAAUUUAUGUUACAUUAUAGAGAGGAGCGUAAAUGAACAUGAAUUCAUAACUCGUCGGUGUCCAAAGUGGCUCAUUGAUUAACUUCUUAAAAUUUUCAAUUGUACAGUGCCCAUUUGUGUUCAAACAGUUAUGCCUGUAUUGCCUCUAUGGGUUCCUAGUAGAUAAAACUUUUUCAGUCUUACUUUAGAGGUAUGUGUGUUGUUUCCCUCACUAUCAUGGACAGAAUGUAUCAUGUAAAAACAAUAUAGAGGAAAACAGUCUUUGAUUAAAAAGAAAAUAUGAAAGCUGUGAAUUUCUUGAGUUUGUUAUUAAUCAAAAACAUUUUGAUAAUGUGUAUAUCCUCAUUCUAGUCCUUUCCACUUGAUGUAUGACUUCAGGAUGGACAUUCAUUUGGCUUACCCCCCCACCCACCAAAAAAUGACAAUAUGUGAAUAAAGAGAAAACAUUAUGGUAUUCAGAUGUAAAUUGUCUACUAUAUUUCUGAUGCUACUACACACAUGCGUGUGUAGUACUAACAGUUUGAACUAUAUAUCACAUUAUGAAGCAGCGUGGUAUGAUGCUGAUCCAUUCUCAUAGACAGCUGUGCCCAUGCAAGGAUCACAAGCUUGGAACUAAGAGUUAAGGUAGAACUCUAUAGAGUUUCACAAAGUGAACUGCCUGUGUUUUAGGAAUUGCAAUAGUGCAAAAGAUAUCAAAUUCUUCUGCAGACUUCAUGAAGAGGACAGUCACCUUUAGAAUUCUGUUUGCAUAUAUGGCAAACUGUUCGGCUGUUUGGAUGAUGACUUUUCUGGCACAGACAUCUCUAUAGACAGCAGCCUUUACAGUACCUCCAACAGCGUCAAUGACAUCCCUUCCAUGAUGGCUUUCAAAGAAGCUCCAGGUUACUUCAAGGGACCUUUCGAGAAGGGAAAAGCAAAAUCUGGACUUAAACUGGACAGUACAUCCGCCACUCCAGAAAUGGGCAUGCUUCUGGUCGUACUGAAAGGCACCAAACUUGUUGUGCUUUGUAUUAUCUGACACCAUGGUGUAGGUCUUGGCAUAUGUUGGUUCUUGGACUAUGUACCAGAAGCAUGCUGUGUAGAUGGAGAAAGAGUUGUGUCCAAAGUAUGCUGAUUGAAUCUCAUGUUGAUGUCUGUUUUCAUAGUUCUCACUGCAGUCGACUUGGAUAAGGACUUCAUUUUCCUCCCAGUGCUGAUGCUUGUAAGACAUUUCAGCAUGCUCUGUCAGUCGAUUUUAGUGAUGACGUUUGAAAUUAAGGAGCUGUUUCGUUUACCCUUGCUUUCUACCUGCACCUUUUAUAGUGUUUUCCUUUCUGCUUCUACCACUGGUAGUAGGUCAAAUCAUCCACCUUCUUCAGUGAAUCAAAGCAACUGGAUAAGGCUUAGAGACCAGGACAAGCAUCAAAUGUGCCAUCAACACAGUCUGUGUUUUGGGGGUUGCAUUGGUUGAGACUCAUUAGCAAAGCUUUUGAUGAAGUGGGGAGGCAAAAUUCCUUUGCAUUUACUGACUGGAUGAGGAGAUCCAUGUUUUGCACUUUGGACACAGGCAAGUGAAGUGUUGUGUCUGGCCAACUUUUUUGAUAUGAUGAUGUGUGGUCAUGAAGGACUGAAAAGUGCCAUAGCUGAUCUUCUUCUUCUCUUCUCCCAGUGUCUGUCCUAACUGUUCAUUGAGCAUUGGAAGUAGCUCUCUAUAUGUCCAGAGUAAGUAAUGUUUUUCUUGGUAUACCUUUCCACCUUUCAUAUAUUUUCCACAGUAUACUGUAUCUUUACGGCCCAGACAAGUAUACAAGACAUUCCUUUCAGAGAAUAUCAUUGCCAGAACCAUAGCUUCCUCUGUCAUUUUCUUAGCCCUUUCAUUAGUAGGUGAGUUUCACCGCAUUCUUUUCUCUUGCAGAGAACUAGCAUGGGUGUCAUCGAGCAGUUCAUUCACUACCUGGAGUUUUUUACUUGGACUUUUUGGAAGGGCAGCAUGAACUCUAUUUACACUCCGUAUCAGUGAUGACCAGUGCUUGAAGGCAUUUGAAGAAGUGUUCUGUUGGUCUCCAGUUUGAGCAGUGGCAUCAUGCAUGUUCUUUUUCUUUUUACGCAAGGCUUCGGCUGUAGAAUUUCUCUUUCUUUUAGCAUCCUUUUUUUCCUUGGAGAGCUUAGGGUUGGAACUUUGUUUUUGAUGCUGCUGUUGUUUUCUUACACGGUCUUUGUUCUUCAGUCUCUCUUUAUUCCUUUCCCUGUAUUCCUUCUGUCUAGUUGUUUUGUAAUCUCAGGAUGAUUUGGGGCCAUGAAUGACCAGAAAUUGAAAUUGAAUAAGAUGUUCUGAAUAUCUAAAUGAUUUGCAUUAUACUGUUGUUUUUAACAUUUCUUUUCACCAAAGUGCUUUCCACCGAUUACAUCUUCCAUACAUGGACUAAACAUAUCUUAUGGGCAGGUGCUCUUUUGUACUUGAAGCCUUUUGCCCUUUGGGGUCCUCAUCGCCUGGAAGUGCUGGGAAAGAUUUUGCGCGAACAAUUUACAGCGAGUUGAAUGUUGAUAUUUUUGCUGUCAAUUAUGCUCCAUGCUCGCUGAUUGGCCAGAAGUUUUAGGUCAGCAUUUACGCCAUGAGGCUUCCAAGAGAUUAUCUCCAAAGCCUGUUUACAAUAGAUUAGUUAAUAUUGUAGCUUUCCUGAGCUCUCCAAAGGAUUUUUGCAGCAGAGAGAUAUCAAUUUGGCAACAAUUUUGUUAGGCUCGCCAUCAGACAAAUUGUUGGUGCCAAGAUGGACAAUGAUCUCUGAAACAUUGUCUUUAACCACUAGAUCAUUGGCUGUAUCGAAGGCAUCAUCUAGUUCCUCCACCACUUUGGAUCUUUACUUGCUUUUAUUCUCCUUUCAUGUAGUCAUAGUCAAGCAAUCCUAUUUCUAAUUUCCUGUCAGGCUUUUCUGCAUUUCUGCUCCUUUUUUUUUCUUCCUCAUUUUGAUCUUAUUCUUUCCAGCAGACAUGUUGUUUGAAUUGAAGAUGUUUGACACCUGCUUUGCCCUUGUAGAAAGAAGAUCUCCGAAGGUUGUAAGGUGAUUCCUUAAGGUGUCAUUGUUGAUUUCCAGCAGAACAAUGCAGUCAAUCUGAGAAGGAAAAAAGACCCAUUUAAAAGAAAAGAUAUUAGAAAUCAUUAGUUAAUAAACCUCAAAUUAUUACUCAUAGCAUUAUAAUUGGAUGGAAUCACAAACCCUUCAGUUAUGGUUUUCAUUAAAAUAAGAUGUCCCUUCCCGGGUUCCGUAUAUGACAGAUGUCCAAGAAGGCACAGACUUUAUGUGCUGGGUGUAGUGGAUGAGGAAGUGUUAGGCAAAAGUUGAGCACCUUCAUGGUAGCACCCAGACUAUCCAACAUUGUUAUGUGACAUGACGGGCCAUCACAUGUGAGCGAUGAUACCAUUAUCCAAGCAUAUGCAAGUUUACUAAGGCAUUGCUGUGUCACGUUUGCACGGCAAUAAAAAUAAUGAUUUUAUAUUUUUUGUACAUCUGCCACAUAAAUAUACUACUGCGUAUACUGAAUAAUAGUAUUUUGUUACUAAUUGAUUGCGAGUGAAAGGAUUUUAUCAAUGCGCAAGUGAACCUAAUCCCAUAUCCCAUAUUUUUGUGCAGCGCUAUAGUGCAUAUGCGGGACGGGCUGACUUCCUUUGAAAUUAAGAUUUUUAAUCCUUUAGCCGAAAGAUCGGCAAGACUUCCAUAUUUUCCCUCCACUAGAUUUGGAAAAAAAUAUGGAUGUGGCCAAUAUUGAUGACAGAAACACAAAUCUGAUAAUUAAAAAGUAAGAACAAAUUUAUUUAGAGCCAUAUUUGUAUAUGUACAUAUACAAAUGUAUAUUAUGUACAUGAUAUGGCUCUAGGAAAAAAUUAAAAAAUGUGUGUAUUUCUGUGAUCAUUAUUGCCCAUAUGUAUCUUGGUGGAGGGUUAGGCUUAGGGUUAGUGUGUAGAUAAUUUAAUUGAGUUCACUUACCAUUUAAUUGUUUGAGUUAUACAAUUCUGCUGCAUCAUUAAGUAAUCUCUCAAAUAAAUCCUUUUCCCUAUGAUGAUGUCACCACAUGUACUCCAUGAGGUCAGUCCAAAAGCCAAUUUCUUCUCUGAGUUAUGUUUCACUCAACUGUCUUCACUUGUCACCAUAAACCUUCAAUGUUGUUUGUAUGUUCACUUGUUCAGGAUCAAUGAAGUGUAAUGAGUGAUUAAUAGUAAAGUGAUUAAAUCAUUGCAAUCCUAGCUGAUCAUAUGCUUUUCAGCAGUCGCUGAUGAUACUAGUAUUAGAACCAGCUUUGAUAUGCUCUCGAAAUAGCAGUUCUAGGGUUGCUCUCCCUUUUAUUGUCUUUCAACGGAACAAAAAAAAUUGUCUCGUCUCGGCAGAUGCAUCCAAACACCCACUGCCCUUCAAUGGCACGCCCCCAAUGAUACUUUCAUUUCCCAAACUUUGAUUCAUCAAUCUCUCCUGUCAGACCAGGUUCUCCAAUAGGAUGUUUGCAGUUCAAUUUGUUUGUGACAACCCACUCAUAGACUUCCAGACAGUAAUUAUAGUAGUAAAUCACUGGCUGUUUUUUUCAAAGUAGUAACUACUCGUCUCAAAGAAUUUGGCUCAGUAUUAGCAGAAGAAGUAGAACUACAGUUCACAGCAGGACUUGAAGUAGAAGGCACAGCAGAAGUUGAAGCAGAAGUGGAAGUUGAACUGGCAAGAAUGGCUGAUGAUGUCUCACUCUCUGAAUGAGUCUCUGCUGAAGAGGAAGAAUCUCCAGAAGAAAUGCUGGUUUUGUGUAUUGCUGUAGCGAAUGGAACUGUGGUUGAAACAAUAUAGAGGAAGACUUCGACAGAUGCUUGAAUUAGAUUGUUUGAAGUAGGUUCCAUGCCAGAUGGAAAUUUGAUGUCUCUUCAUCAACCACCUGCACUUCUGUUGUUUUUUUCAAACCUAGUUUCAAAUCUUUGUUACUUCUCUCGAUUAAUAUAAAAAAGAGAAGACAAUAAUUAUUACACUACUAUACAAAUACACUAUUAGUAAAAAUAUAUCAAACAAAGUUUUGAUCAGCAAGGUCACUUUGUCAACUAGACGUUUGCAGUUAGAACAUCUUACAGAUUUGGCGAUGAGACCAAGUGUCUGCCCAAUAUUAAUUGCAAAAUCCUCAUCCUUGACGCCUUGCGAUAAUGGAGUUUAUCCCUUUGACUUUACCGCGUCCUUUUUUACAUACUUUCAUUUUCUGAAGGAGUUGGUGAUUAAAAUUGACAAUUGAAAGAUCAUCUUUAUCUCACACACUUUGCAGUAUGGUAGGAUUAAAGGAGUCAAAUUGAUAGUAUGGAUUAUAUGAUAAUCAACGUUAGGAAAGUCUGAAGUUGCACAAAGCAAGCUAUGACAGAUGAAAUUUUGUUUUCCAACACCUCUCAUGUAAUAUGUAAAAUCUCUGUAGUGUGUUUGAACUUGAAGGUUGCACAAUAUCAAUCAUGUCACCGCUAAUUCUAGCUAGAGUCAAGGUAGAAGUAAUUAUCUUUCAUACCACCUAUAAUGUCUCGGUCUUUAGUCAUUAUACUAAAAUAUUACAUGGAAAACAUGUACAUGGGGGCAAUUUUGGUCACAAAAUGUGAAAAAGCCCCCUUGGCAAACAGACCAAAAAAAAGUAUUUUUACCAUGGCAUGGCUCGGGUCAUUUCAUCACUAGCAUGGUGUCAGGGAUCAUCACGUGCAGGAAGUAAUGAAAGUAAUUUUUGCAAUGUGAGGGCAUUAUGAGGAACAUUCCUUUUGCUUACAAAUCAGCUCUAUCAUCAUGACACUUAUCUGCCAUUUCUCAAUUUAAAGUAAUCUGCAGCUUCAUCUUCACCACUUUCCUCCACGCUAGUACAAACAUGAAUACCUUGUCAUACGCCUUCACUUCUGUGUAAGUGGUCAAGAAAUUUCUUGGCAAAUUUGCUUGCUACACUCUCUUCCAUGCUGAUCCACUUAGCUACAUUCUCUACUCUUCCGAUGGCUCUUAUCACUUGAUGAUACGACUCUGCUCUUAGUGUUCGAAUAAUGGAUUUGGUGGGCACUGGAAUCAAUGUCAGGGGAUUUCAGCCUUUGCGCAGCUUGGGGCGGGGAUGACCAGAAGUCUGGGUAUGAUGCAAAGAGCGCCAUUGAUGAUAAGCCAGUCAGUCCGCAAAUUUUACUAUGAGUGCGGUGUUGUGAUUGGUUAUUUAUUUCCACUGAUGAAAGUAGAAAAUCUUAGCAGUUUUUGUGUUGAACAGUUUCUUCAGAAAAUGUGCAGGUUUUGUUUCUGAUGAGUUCCACAAAUUUGGGCAAUUCUGGCUAGAUACAUGGUUUGAGUCACGAAACAAAAGGAAAAGCACCUCUGCAUGCAGUCUAUUAGGACAAAUUUGACUUAGAAGAGGUAUAGCACAUAUUUGGAAUAAUCUGGUCCAUGUUACUUAUGGAUAUGGAAAGUCGACUUAGGCAGAGUUACCUGUACUGUGUAUACAAACAUGUACAAAACACUUUGGCGGGCAUGUUGGUUCCGUUUUCAUUUCAAGUAAUGAUUGUUGCCACAACUGCAAUUUACGUUUGAAAUAGUUUCUCAAUACUUUAUUGAAAUAUGGAUCCCAUGAGGUUAGCAUUUAUAUUACCUAUUCUACAAUGCCAAGGCAGCAUAUGAUAUAUGAAAAAGGUCACGCUUUCUUUUUCUUCAUUGUUUUUUCAAUUUUGUUCUUUUAUCAUAACCUAUGUAAUUUUCUGUUAUGGCUAUAAUUGGUGUUGAUAUAUGGGAAGUUUUACACGAUGUGUUGUUUCUGGUUAUUUGUUUUGGCUCAAUUUUUAUCACUGGUUGAUUUUCAAGGAUGAAAAGUAAUCUACAUCUGGAAUGAAAAUGAAUGCAUAUAUAGAGAUGCCCGUAAAUGGUAAACAGUUAAUUGGUGACAAUGUAGCAUGUAAGAUGGUAUCACCAGUCGUUCUUAAGGUGGCUGGUAACUAACGAACGAUUUUAAGAAACACCCACCUGAACCUAUCAGUGUAUGCCAACUAAUUUAUGGCAAGCCUCUUUGAAUGUUUGAGCCUGUUUCUUGCUGUUAACAUCAAGUAAUAGAAUAACAGGAUGAAAUGGAUUGUUAUGCAUAAGUUGGCAUGUGCUGGCUAAAAUGUUCAGGAAGGACAGCCCCUUGAGCAAAGUUAGAACUCAUAAAUGCAAAUUUUGAGCUUGUUCGACUAUUUAUGAUUAUUUCAUCAUUGUUUAUCUUGAUCACUUGAAUGGUAUUACAAUAAAGAUAUCAAAACAAGUUA